AUGACAGGCAAGCAGGUCACAGGCAGCGGCCACUUCGGCGUGGUGAGGCUGUGCCGGGAGCGCAGCACGGGCGCUCUCUACGCCGCCAAGGUGCUGAGGAUGCGGCGGGGCCGGCCGGGGCCGGAGCGGGCUCAGGUGGAGCGGGAGGUCUCCAUCCUCCGCCAGCUCCGGCACCCCAACAUCCUGCGGCUCCACCAGCUCUUCGCCAGCACGGCCGAGGUGGUGCUCGUCCUGGAGCUGAUCAGCGGUGGGGAGCUCUUUGACUUCAUCGCUGAGAAGGAGAUGCUGUCGGAGGAGGAGGCCAUCGAGUUCCUGGGGCAGAUCCUGAGCGGGGUGCAGUACCUGCACGCUCGGCUCAUCGCUCACUUCGACCUCAAGCCCGAGAACAUCAUGCUGCAGGACAAGGACGUCCCCAAGCCCUGGAUCAAGAUCAUCGACUUUGGGCUGGCCCGGCAGCUGGAGGAUGGCAUCACCUACAGGAGCCUCUGUGGGACCCCCCAGUACAUUGCUCCUGAAGUGAUCAAUUAUGAACCACUGAGCCCUGCGACCGACAUGUGGAGCAUCGGAGUCAUCACCUACAUCCUGCUCAGUGGCCUGUCCCCCUUCCAGGGUGAGACGGAUGCUGAGACCCUGUCCAACGUUGUGGCUGGAGCCUACGAGUUCGAGGAGCGCUGCUUCAGCCAGACCUCCGAGCUGGCCAAGGACUUCAUCCGCCAGCUGCUGCUGAAGGAGCCACAGCGCCGCAUGAGCGCAGCCGAGUGCCUGGUGCACCCCUGGAUCAAGCCCCUGAGCAGGAAGCAGGCGCUGAGCCGGAGCCGCUCCUCCAUCAACAUGAGAAACUUCCGCAGGUUCAACGCCCGCAGGAAGUGGAAGCUCUCCUACAACACCGUGUCCGCCUGCAACCGCCUGUGCCGCCUCGGGAGGGAGGAUGAGGAGCUGCGCCGCUGUGAGAGCGACCCAGAGGAGGAGAGGAGCCCCCAGACCGCCCUGCUGCGCCGGAGGAGAAGCAGCUGCUCCUGAGCUCCUCCCAAAAAAGGCAGGAUCUCCACGAGAGGAGCCUUGGGGUGCCCCCAUCG